AUGUUCGAUGAGACUGCAGUGCAUGUACUGGGAGGCGGCAUUGGUGGAACAGUUGGCGCAGUUUUGACUUGUCCAUUAGAAGUUGUUAAAGUUCGUCUUCAAUCUUCAAAAGGAGUUGUAUUGUCUACUUCAUCUACUUCCAAGCUUUCCUCAGACCAGUCUGGCAAUCGUUUUUCUCACACUAAAUAUCCAUUGUCUGGUAAAAAAGAAGCUAUUAAUAAGUACGGUCAGAGGUUCGAUUUAGAUCUCAGGUCAAUCAAUCCCUUGCAUAAUAAUCCGAUAAAGUCCCCAGUAAUUGACUCUUCUACAGCAUCACAUGGCCCAUCAAAUUCCAAACCUCACGGAUUUCGAAGAUCCGUCAUUCUUCGUUCGUUAAUCGAUAUAUGUCGUUAUGAAGGACCUACAGCCUUAUUUAAAGGUCUCAUCCCUACACUAUUCGGAGUGUUACCGUCACGGGGAAUCUAUUUUUGUGCAUAUCACAACGGGCAGUUGUUCUUUGAAAAGUAUUUCCAAACAGGAUCUUCAGCUGUUUAUUUGUGUGCGGCUGGAAUCGGAAGUAUAACAGCUUCUUCUUUGACCAAUCCUAUUUGGUUUGUGAAAACAAGGCUUCAGCUAGAUUCACGGCCAGGUCAUCCACCUAUUACUGUAUCACAAGUUAUUCGUAAUACAUGGAAUAAGGAUGGAUUACGUGGUUUCUAUCGUGGUGUAAGUGCAUCGUAUUUUGGUUCUCUAGAAACAGCUUUAAAUUUUGUAAUAUAUGAAAAUUUCAAAUCAGAACUACUCUGGAGAGAGCAUAAACGUCGACAAAAGUUGUUACUUAACAACACCACCACCACCAGUAGUCGUGUUUCCAAAUUUCAACAAUCCUCAUUACCUGAAAAUGAAUGUCUACCUCAAAAAGCCUCAGAUUUACGAGGAUCAUCUGGUGGGAGUAAAUUAUCCGCUUCAAAGGACAUGAUCUUAUGCAUGUUUGCCAGUGCGUGUUCUAAAGCCAUUGCUAUAACUGCGCUUUAUCCUCAUGAAGUCGCUCGAACUCGGUUACGUGAAGAUAGUGGCAGAUAUCAUGGAUUUUUUCGUACUCUAUACACAGUGGGUAAAGAAGAAGGCAUUGGUGGUUUGUAUCGUGGUAUGGCAACGCACUAUAUUCGUCAGGUACCUAAUUCUUGUAUUAUGAUUGGGACUUAUGAAUUUGUUGUUUUUCUACUACAAUCUUGGGAUUUAACUAAAAUUACCAAGAAUUAA